CCAGCAACUCCAACUCCCUUAAAGGUAAAGUAACUCCAUGACACCUGUCUUCUUGUAUUUGAAUAAUUGUAGCUCAGCUUAAGUAAAUGACUGAGCUUUGUGAUCGUCCGUCAAUUGACAGGUUCCCUGAAUUCUAUUAAAAUGAAGCUUGAUGAGCUUAGGGCAUUGUAUGAUGCAGCAGUUGCAGUGUGACUGAAUUUAGUAGCUCAAAAUGCUCCCUCCUCGUAUCUAUGCUCUUGUCAAAAACAAGCAGCUUUGCAAUCAUAUUGCUUUUACACGGAUUCCCCUUUCAGAGGUUCUGAAAACAAUUGAUGAGGGAGAUGCUGAUGAUGUAACAAAGCAGCGAAUCCAUGAAGGAAGAGAGAAACCUGGAGCAUUGUGGCACAUCUACGCUGCCAAGGAUGCUGAAAAGAUACGGGAACUUCUCCGAAAGGUUGGAGAAGAACAAGGCCAAGAAAAUCCUCCAGAUCAUGACCCCAUUCACGACCAAAGUUGGUACUUGGACCAGACCUUACGUAAGAGACUCUAUGAUGAGUAUGGUGUGCAAGGCUGGGCAAUAGUGCAGUUCCUUGGCGAUGCUGUGUUCAUUCCUGCAGGUGCUCCCCAUCAGGUCCAUAAUUUGUACAGCUGCAUUAAAGUGGCAGAAGAUUUUGUAUCUCCUGAACAUGUGAAGCACUGCUUCCGUCUGACACAGGAGUUCAGGCAUCUGUCUAAUACUCAUACAAACCAUGAGGAUAAACUGCAGGUGAAGAACAUUAUCUACCAUGCAGUGAAAGAUGCUGUUGGCACACUGAAAGCUCAUGAAUCCAAACUAGCUAGAUCGUAGGAAUUGCUAAUUCCAAAUGCCCUGUCAAGUAGGCCUUUUGCUCACGGUAUAUACAGGGACUGCACACAACUGCUUCUGCAGGAGCAGAGGCUUCUCACUGGGAGCUGGUGUGGUCAGUAUUACACACACUCUUCAGCCACUGUUUUCUACGCUGCCUCAACACUGAAGGUCUAAUGAAAGGUCACAGAAUUCCAGAUUCUAAAAGGUGCCAUAUCCCUUUCCUGUGGCCUUUUGCAAAUUGAAAAAACAUGGAAACCACUUGGUGUUCCUGCAUAUUAUGAUUAGAAAUGUUACAAAGAGUGUGGAUGUUUUUUUCCCUCAUGCCUAGUUAAUCUCCACAAAGUUAGACAGAACGUGCUGGAGGUGGGUUGUCCUACUGCAGACUUGGUUGAUAACUGCUGAAAAAAUGUGACCAACAGUAGCCCAACUGCAGAAAUUCAGACAAACUUCCCGUGUGAGAUACAGGCCAAGGAAAAGGAUAAAACUAUUCUCUGCACUCCCCUUCUUCUAGCCGUUUCUCUAUACACUGUAGAGUUGCAGAACUAAAGGGAGAACCCACUUUUUUUUUCCCCUGGGAGACUCCAGAAAUAAGAGAAUUGUGUAUUUAGUGAAAAAAUAGGUUUGUAGUGAAACAGUUAAUAUUUCAUGAAAGUAGAUAUUUUUAGUAUUUUUGAAGUACCACAAUUGUUCCUGGAUUUUCAAGGAAAGGUGUAUUACAUUUAGUCUUCCUUUCAAUAAAAUCAAGAAGUGAUUUUUAGAAAGCAGUCUAAAAUAGCACAAAAACAGCCAAAGGAAAAUUGAAUAGAAAUUGAUAUCCCACCUCCCUUGCCCAUAUUACCUCACCUAUCUUCCCCGCUCUCUCUAUGCCACUCUGCUUCCUCAGUAUGAGAAGUAAAAAGGAGUAUAAACUCUGUUCUCACGUGGAGAUGUUGUACAUCUCUCCCUGCACUGGUGACUGCAGGCAAUAUUCACCCAAUACCAGUGCUACCUGAAAACAUCUAUAAAACAUCUAUCCUUUCCAAAGUGAAGGAAAAGUUAACUUUUGGUGUCAACUUUGUCCAGAACUAUUUUAAGUAAAAUGUUCCUGCUUGAUAGAACUGUAUUCAGAAUUACUAAUGUCAGCAUUGAUGCAAUGGAUUUCAUUGUCUGGGUACAUGGGGAAAUGUAUUGACCUUAUCUCCAGCUGUACUGUAGUGCCACUUGCAGGCCUGUUAAUAUGUUCACGGUUAUUUCAUUUUUUAAAAAAUAAAAGUCAUUUACUGUA